AUGGAGAAUUGUGCAAGAGGAGAUGUGCCCUUCUCAAAAGGAGACAAACUGAGUAUGGAACAAUCACCUAAAACUGAACAAGAAAAAUUAGAAAUGGUUGACAAGCCCGAUGCCUUACUUGUAGGAAGUUUGAUGUAUGCUCAAGUCUGUACUAGACCAGACCUAGCUUUUCCAAGAACCAAAAGUUACAAUUUGGUUUAUAGGCAAGUUGAGAAUUUGGAGUUAGUUGGUUAUGCAUAUGCAGAUUUGGGAGGAUGUGUGGAUUCUUUGAAGUCCGCUUCUGGUUAUGUUUUCAUUUUUGGAGGAGGAGCUGUCUCAUGGAAGACUGCAAGUCAAGCUAUUUGGUUCAAGGACCUUAUCACAAGUUUGAGGGUUGUUGACUCAAUUGAAAGACCAAUUCAUAUUUGGAAUGAUAAUAGUGUUGUAGUGUUCUUCACCAAAAGCAACAAAAGAUCAUCAGGCACUAGACAUUUGAAGUUUAAAUAUCUAUCAGUUAGAGAAAAUAUCAGGGAUGGUCAUGUGAAGCUCGAUCAUAUUGGUACACAUUUCAUGAUUGCUGAUCUGUUAACUAAGGGUCUGACAAAUGGUGUUUUUCAUGGAUAUGUUAGAAGCAUGGGAUUAGUGUCCAGUUUUGAUAAGGAGGACUAG